AUGCUUCUUUAUAGGCAAAAUGCACAUGCUCCUGUAGAAAUUAAAGCCAAAGACCCGAUUGACUCAGCGCCAUGGGUGAAGGGGGCUCCUAUCAAAAUUUUGAUCCAUGGUUAUACGGGACACAAAGAUUACGCACCGAACACUGAAAUAAGACCAGCAUAUUUAGAUUGCUGUGACUACAACAUAAUUUCAGUGGAUUAUAACAAGAUAGCUCUGGAGCCAUGCUAUUUGCAUGCUGCUGCAAACACUGAGCUGGUCGGAAUGUGCACUGCUCAACUCAUUGAUGACCUGGUGAAUCAAGGUUUCCCUCUAGAGGACUUCCACGUAGUGGGUUUUAGUCUCGGAGCACAAACUGCAGGUUUUAUUGCAAAAUAUUUGAAGUCUGGGCUAUUGGAGCGGAUUACUGCUCUCGAUCCAGCUCUUCCUUUGUUUGUAACCACGGAUCCUGCCAAAAAAGUAGAUUCUAGUGAUGCUAAGUUUGUAGAUAUCUUACACACUAAUUCUUUGGAGAGAGGCAAAUUUGAAACUAGCGGCCAUGUUGACUUUUUCGCAAACGGUGGACUAUGGCAACCUGGUUGUACGGCAAAUGAAAAUUAUACGAAAUCUGGCUGCUAUCAUGCGAGAGCGCCGCAGUACUAUGCAGAAUCAAUAUCAUCCGAUGUAGGUUUUUAUGCAACCAAAUGUUCAUCGUGGUUAUAUCACAUGAUAGGAUGGUGCAAGUUAACAAGCUCCGGGGAGGACGUGCUUUUUGGAGAGCAUGUCUCGAGAAAUGUAACCGGAAUAUACUUUUUUGACACAAAUUCUGCAGCGCCCUUUGCCCGUGGACCAUCUAACUCGAAUAAAACCGAAGAUGCUGAAGUGAUGACAGGUGUUUUAUCAGCUCUAUCUUCUUUAUUCCUUGGAUGAUAUAAGUAUUAGGAUACGGCACUUUCGUGUCCUAUAUUUAUACCUAUACAAACAUCUAAUCACGUAAGAAUAUCUUAAAACUUCUCAUAACGUUACUUUUUGAUUAGUAUACAUAUGUAUUUAUACAAAUUGUUGUGCAACACAUACCUAAAGCCAAAGAUAACCAAAGCCAUUAAAUAAU